UCGCAUGAUCACAGAGGAGGUAUAGGGAGAGCUACCUAUGAACUCACGCUCCGUCUUUGAACGCUCGGUGGCAUCCUUUGCUUCCCUCUCGAGGGCGCCUCACCCAGCGUGGCUCGCAACAACACCCGGCAGCAGCAGCAGCAGCAGCAGCUUCAACAAGAAACUCGACAACGCACCCCUUCGCAGCAAGGCCACGCUCGCGUUUCAAGCACAGCCUCGCCCUCUAGCCCUCUACUCGCUCCCUCUCGGCCCUUCCAGACGAAUCAGCACUACACGCAGAGCCAUGUCGGAGGCAGAGUUAAAAUCAGAGCCAAAGGCGACCGGUGCAUCACCCAUCGCUGACAACUUGGAAGCCGUCCGCAAGCGAGUUGAGGAGGUUACAGGGGAGGGAGAGGCAGGUAAGCCCGUUCCGCGCUUGGUCGCCGUCAGCAAGACGAAGCCUUUGGAGAACCUCCAAGACGCCUACGAUGCAGGGCAGCGGAUUUUCGGAGAAAACUACGCCCAAGAGUUGAUCGACAAGUCGCCACAAAUGCCGGACGACGUCGUCUGGCACUUCAUCGGACACCUGCAGUCCAACAAGGCCAAGGCUCUAGUGGCAGGGGUGCCUAACCUCGCUGUUCUGGAGACACUCGACACUGUGAAGCUCGCCAACAAGUUACAGUCGGCAUGCGUUUCGUCGGAAAGGAAGCGACCGCUCGGCGUGUACCUCCAGAUCGAUACCAGCGGGGAGGACUCCAAAGCAGGCAUCUACCACUCCGACCUCGAUGCGUGUCUGUCCCUGGCGCGACACCUCAAGGACAAUUGCCCGGCGCUCGAGCUGAAGGGGCUCAUGACCAUCGGGGCGCCGGGGGACAUGGAGUGCUUUGAUAGGCUGAACGCCUGUCGCGACGCGGUGGCUGGUGGGUUGGGGAUGGAGGCGCAAGCUUUGGAGCUCAGCAUGGGCAUGUCGGGCGACUACGAGGAGGCGAUCCGAAGGGGCAGUACCAAUGUACGCGUAGGGAGCACGAUCUUCGGGGCUAGAUUUUACCCGAACAAGACUUGAGGCCGUUGGAGAUAGAUAGUGCCACACGCUGCAGAGAGUAGUUCAAGCAAUGAGCCUAAAUAAACGGUUUUGGUUUAUUGUUUUGUUUGCGACGUUGGGCCUGCCCAU